AUGGGUGUUACCGUUGAGACUCUCUCCCCCGGAGACGGCAAGAACUUCCCCAAGAAGGGCGACACUGUCCAGAUCCACUACGUCGGAACUCUCCUCGACGGAUCCAAGUUCGACUCUUCCCGGGACCGCGGAUCCCCCUUUGUUACCCAGAUCGGUGUCGGCCGUGUCAUCAAGGGCUGGGACGAGGGUGUGACUCAGUUGUCUGUGGGGCAGAAGGCUAACCUUAUCUGCACGCCUGACUACGCCUACGGCGCCAGGGGCUUCCCGCCCGUCAUCCCCGCCAACGCGACCCUCAAGUUUGAGGUCGAGCUGUUGAAGAUCCAGUAA